AUGGGCAGGAAGGGCCAGCAGCAGGCGACAGAAGUCCCCGAUUCAUUGGAACCAUCGCAGCAAAUUGCACAAGUAACGACGAUCAAUGGCAAUAACAUCUACACUGUCAGAACGACGACUGCAGAGGGCAUCUUGGUUGAACUGCCACCGCGAUUCCGCAAUACGAUGUGGAUCCGUCGUGGUGGGUAUGUACUCAUGGACACGGCGGCAUUCGAGGCCAGAGAGAAUAAGCUGGCAGGCGAGAUUGUCGCAGUGAUUCACGAUGAAAAGGCAUGGCGCAAGUUGCCAUAUUGGCCUGCGCAAUUUACGGCAAGGCAAGGACAGGCUCCUGCUGGCGAGGCGGAGGACGAGGAAGAAGAGGAAGGUGGUAAUUUGAAUCGCAGACGGCGGUAUGACAGUGAUGCGUCUGAUUGA